AUGUCUGGCGAUAAGCAGCAGCUACUGGCGAUGGGCUUCGAGGAAGCCAGGAUAGACUGGGCAUUGAAGGCGACCAAGCGGUCUGGUCUGCAGCCCGCGAUGGAUCACCUCCUCAACAACUCUGACAACCCCGUCCCUUCCGACUCAGCCCAGCCCGAGGACGUUGAUUCGGCUGAUGAAGAUUCCGAGGAGCUCAAGAUCCACGUCAAGAAGACUGGUGCUUCUGAGGAGCCUACCGCAAAUUCCAUCAAGUGCUCCGAAUGCGGCAAAAUCUUCAAAUCGUCAGCUACUGCUAGCUUUCACGCUGAACGGAGCGGGCACCAGGAGUUCGAAGAGUCGACCGAGGAGAUCAAGCCUUUGACCGAGGAGGAGAAGAAGGCCAAGUUGGCCGAUAUGCGUCAAAAGCUGGCCGAGAAGCGGGCGUUACAGUCCAAGAUCGACGCAAAGGAGACCAGGGCAAAUGAUGUACUCCGCCGUAAAGCGGGCCAAGAUCAGGACAAGAUCAAGGAGGACAUGAUGAUCAAGGAGAUGCACAAGGAGGUGGACCGGAAGAAGCGCGAGAAGAUUGAGGAUCAGAAGGCUAGGGCGGCGAUCAAGGCGCAGAUCGAGGCGGACAAACGCGAACGAGCUGCCAAGGUCGCAAGGGAAAAGGCUAUCCGGGAUGGCGAGGCUACACCGGCUGCCGCGUCUGCACCCGCCGCUGCUGCAGCCAAGCCAGUGACGAACUCGGCCGAGAACCCCCAGACCCGUUUACAGGUCCGACUGAGCUCAGGCGGAGCGCCGCUGACCAAGACCUUCCCUUCCGAAUCGACUCUGGUGGAUGUGGCCGAGUGGAUAGCGAGCGAGAAUUUGGCGUAUAAUGUCGAUACUGUGACCUUUGCUUCGACGUUCCCAAGGAAAACCUUCUCCCGAGACGAGAUGCGCAAAUCGCUCAAGGCGAACGGACUGACACCAAGCGCGGUCUUGAACGCCAGCUAG